UUUCCAGUUAACCAAACCAGCGCUCUAAAGACCAUCAGCCAAGAAACUAACCUAUAUCAAUUUGUCACAAGUUUGAUAUUCAGAAAAUUGAUUAGAAAAUAAUGAUUUACCAAUAAAUUUAUUCAGGUGUAGAUUUUUCAUUAAUCAUGUUAGUUAUUGUUAAAACAGCCAAAACCAUCAGAAACCAUUGGAAAAAAUCAGCAUUUGCCACGGCUUUGAUAACUUAUGGAGUGAUUUACACUAAAAACUAUUUACAGACUCAAGAGUUGAUGAGAUUUUAUUGCCAACAAGCUGCUAAAUAUGGGAAACAAUCGAUACCUCUGAACAUAGACCCUCGUCACAUUACUGUAAUAUUAAACCCUAAUGCUAAUGAACGUAAAGCAUCAGAAGAAUUUGAAAAAUAUUGUGCACCACUCUUACAUCUGGCAGGUGUUUCUGUUGAUGUUAAAAAAACUGAAUCCGAAGGACAUGCCAAAAAGUUGAUAGAGGAAAUCGCAGGAACUGAUGCCAUUGUAGUUGCAGGGGGUGAUGGCACUAUAUCAGAAGUUGUGACUGGACUUCUAAGAAAAACUAAUGAAAAUGUUAGCAAUAUACCCUUAGGUAUUUUACCUCUUGGAAGAACAAAUACAGUUGCAACAGUGUAUUUCUCCCAAGGUGAUAAACAUGAAAAAGUGAGAGCAUUAGCAGAGGCAACAAUGGCUGUAAUUGAAGAAGCAAUAAAGCCUGCAGAUGUUAUGAAAAUUGAAGUAAUGAAUGAGGAAAACACCUCUAACAAGCCAGUUUAUGCUGUUAGCUGCCUCAAAUGGGGUGCUUAUAGAGAUGCAGAAGCGAAAAAAGAUAGUUAUUGGUAUUUUGGCCCAUUCAGGAGUUAUGCCACUUAUAUUUUCAACGGGUUUAAGAGUAAGCUAUCAUGGAAUUGUGAAGCUGUAAUCAGCUACAGUACCCCUUGUCAGGGUUGCUCUAAUUGCUGCAAACAACCACAAAUAACACCUAAAAAUGGUUGGUUUUCCAGAUUCGUCAAAGAAGAGCAUCCUCAGGCUAAAUAUUUAGCUAUUAACAAUCCUGAAUGCAACAAAUCUCACGAGAAAAAAAUCAUGACUGCGGAUCUAGCAUUAUCAACACUUAACAUUAUGCCUGAUUUAUCAAAGUCAAACGAGGUUCCAAAGUUGGUAAUGGAAAUCGGACCAGAGAAAGUGCAAUACUUAGAUUUUCUUAAGAACGGCUUCAAAUUAGAAAAAGGUGAAAAGAAAGACGUUAGCGAAGUAAUUGAAGCAAAAACGGUCAACAUUAAUCCCAAGGUACAAGAAAAGGAAGUUUGGUUUUCUAUUGACAAUGAAGAAUAUGAAGUUAAACCAGUGAAAAUAACUUUGUUGCCAAAAAUAAUCAACGUUUUUUGUCGAAAAGAAUCAAUAAAUUUGUAAAUUGUU